UCAGUCGGCAUGUGUGGCCGCUUUCCUGUAGACCGACAUUUUCUCUGACACAAGCGUAGAAAAAGUUUUCAUCAACAGCCGCCAUAUUGACUAAUCGGGUCUCAGUAAAUUUCGUGAAAUUUGUAAUCGUCCGUAGAGCGAUUAAAUGUACAUAAAAAUUGGGAAAAAUUUGUGAAGAACAGUGAAUAAUGUGAUUGGGAGAUGAGUGAAGUGAUGAUUUGUGGCUAUUUAUGGGGGUAAAGUGUCAAAAUUUGUGUUCAACUUUUGCGCUCAUUGUUGGGGAAAUUGAGUUCGGCUAUUUUGAAGUCGUGAAAUUUUUCUUUAUCUCACCACCAAUACAUCACAUCGGGUGGAUAUUUCAGGAUAUUAUUUUGCUUACUACUCGGUGGAUUUUUGGGGUGGCAGGUAGAAAUUGUUGGUGGAGACAUUGGAGCAUUUUGGAUGUGGUGAAAAAUCCAAGUGCAGAUUUAUUAUUUGUCGUCGAUGGCCCAAACACAAUGGCCAAUGCCAAAUGGUAAAUGGUGGAAGCAAGAGUUCGAGUGUUGAGAAAUUUCAGCGAGAGAGACUGACGAAAAAGGCGCACACCUCACUAUUACCACUUUCCCAGCCACAAUCCCAUACCAUUUCGGGGGGAUUUUCCCAUUCCCGAAGGGAUUUUGCCCAGAAAUUUUCUACUCUGGGGCUCUGUGCUACCUUCUUCACUUUUUUUUCUUUUUAUUACUUGCUUCCUUACUCUCGAAUCACGCUCCCGCAGCCAAGUUGCUUCUCGGCGGAGCCUCGAAGUUGGGUGGAAGUUUUUCUUGUGGGAGAAAAUGUAAUGUGCCCCAGACUCUCAGCUCUGGAUCCCUUUACAGUGGGACACCAUCUUAUGUGGGAAAUAUGUGUCAUAUUUCGUGCAGUGGGCUGCAAACAUUGAAUUCCUCAACACCAUCGCACCCCACACAUCCCCCCAAAUGUCAGCUUCGCGUCCGGAACCAACAACUGCAUGCAGAGUCUCAUCGGACGCAAUUCCAGGCAGCAGAACACAAUCCACAAUCUUUUCACCCCCUUCGGAUGAUCCACAGACAACAGUCUGGCCAGGCGCAAUCUCUCAUCUGAUUUUGCCAAUGUAGAGCAUUUUUAUUCCACCGCAAAAAAAAAUACCAGGGGGCUUUCACUAAGGCAGGGACAUUUUUUCCAAAUCUUCCGCUAAAAGCCUAACAUUACUAAAAAAAAAAAAUCCAUUUGAACAUUUCAUUCAGCCAAGUGUAGAGACUUUUGGUAGUUUGUGAGGAUAUUUGAAGGACAAUUUGUGCAAAAAGAGACUAAAGGACACGACCAGUGAGACAUUUUUUUCCCCGGAAAGAGAGUUUUUGAGAUAGGAAGUUUAGGGACUCGCGUAGUGUAAAGGACAGGAACCAUUUAAUAUUUGAGUGUGAAGUUUUGAGUGAAAAUAGUGAAAAUCGGAUCAGGAUGGCUGAUCACUUGGAUGAGCCGCCACAGAAGCGGACCAAGCUGAGGGAUUCCUAUCAGCAAGGGCCAUCAGAUUCCGAAUUGAUAUCGCGUAGUGACAUUUACAACUUGGAGGAUCACCUGCCGGAUGAACUUGUGUCCAGUGGCACAAAUUGGGGUGAUCAGUUGGCGGGCAAUAAGCCACCAGCUCAAGGUCCUGGGCCAGGUGGGGCGCCCCAGAUGAAUGGCGAGGAUUCUGGUGUGGUGCCACCAAAUGCAAAUAUUGCCAUGCAGAGACUCCAUCAGCAGCAAUUGGCACAGCAUCUCAUGCAACAGAAGAGAAAAUGUGUGUACUUGCAGGGAAACAAGAACAUUAUUGGCAACGUAGCGGCUAUUGGGAUUGGACCAUUGGGCAGCAAGAGCCCAAAUCUUCAGUCACCACCAAACGCACAGGCGAGCAUGUCAAAUAAUCUGGGUGUUGGUACGAUGGGCAACUCCAUGGUGAUGUCCAUUGCUAGCAAUGGCAAUCCGCAGCCCAUGAGUUCGCUUCAAGCAAUGAACAGUGUUUCGCAGGGAAAUGCUGGAGGCAUGAUUAUGUCAAAUAGCAAUUUGUCCGGACUUGGAGGUAGUGGCGGAAUGUCCGGAGGAGGACUCGUAGUGAAUAACCUCAAGCAACAGGCUCUAGGGGGUGCUGGAGGGAUGCUGGGUGGACCAAUGGGUGGUGGCGGUGGUCAGGCUCAACAGGGUCAGGCCAUCCAUCACCCAGGACAUCCGGGCAUGCAGAAUGGACCCCUGAUGGGCACUCCAACGGGCCGUGUAGUCGCGAUGCAGCAACAGAAUCCGCAAGGUCACAUGGCGGGUCCACGAGGACCACACCUCAUUGGACCCCGCAUGCAAGCACCUAAUAUGGCACUAGGCAACAAUAUCAACAAUAUGCAAGGUCCUGGUGGACCCUAUAGCUAUGGCGGGGGUCCAAAUCAACAGAAUGUUAAUGUGGUAAAUGCUCAAGGUGGUGUCAAUGCCCCAGUUGGUGUUGUUGCACCCCAGCAGCGUGGUGUGCCGAAUAUGGCAGCAAUGCCAGGCAAUCGAUUACCAAUGGGACCCAAUAUACAGGGCACCAAUGAAGGUGGUAUUGCUGGACAGGCGCAACCCCCAGCGCCGUCUCCAGCACAGCCACAAUCUGGUGCCCCCGCGGGUAGUCAACCACGACCACAGAGUGCUACCCAAAAUCAAAAUGCAACAAAUAUGCCAGCAGCACCACAGAGCUCCUCCAUGGCUGAUCCGGAAAAGAGGAAGUUGAUACAGCAGCAACUGGUGUUGUUGCUGCAUGCGCACAAAUGUGCUAGACGUGAAACGGAAAAUCCUAAUAAUCCCAAUCCGUGUACACUGACGCACUGUAAGACGAUGAAAGAGGUUUUGGCCCAUAUGACAGGAUGCAAACUCAAUAAAGAUUGCACAGUUGCCCAUUGUUCGUCAUCACGACAAAUUAUCACUCACUGGCGCAAUUGUCAGCGAGCUGAUUGUCCUGUUUGCUUGCCGCUGAAGCAGGCUGAUCGCUAUCGCAACAAUACCAAUGCCCAGAGUGGUCCAGGUGGAGCUAGUGGACCAGGUGGAACGGGAGGAGGACCAGUGCCAGCUGGAGGUGGUCCGGUACCGGGAAGUGGUGGCGGAGGAGGACCUAGUGGACCAGGUGGAAAUACUGGUGGUCCUCAGGGGCAAAUUAGUAUCAAUGCUGCAUCUCAAGAGGGUCAACAAGGACCACAACAGGCAAAUGCAGGUCCUGCCAGUGGAGGUCCUCUGCAGAACGCUGGUCAGGCUCAGGAUGCCGGUGGAAUGAGGAGAAAUUACGAUGGAAUGAAUAUCCAAGGUACUCCGGCAUCAUCAGCAACACCAGCGAUGCCAACUACAACACCCCAAGUAGCUCCUGGACCCAGACAAUGUGUCCGAAUACAGGCACCAAAUUCCGUGGUUAGGGUCAUUGUGCCGAAUCAAGGUACGCCCAAUCACAGUCAGAUCCUGUCGAAUAAUCUUAUGAUUGGUAGUGGUGAUGUGGCUCAGGCUGUUGGACAACAACAGCAACAGCAGCAACAACAACAGCAACAACAGCAGCAGCAACAACAGCAACAGCAGCAGCAACAACAACAGCAGUUGACUCUUCAACAACAUCAACAGAAUACAACGCCGCAACAACAACAGCAACAGCAGCAGCAACAACAACAGCAGCAACAACAGCAACAAAAUAUGCCUCAAGUGACAAAUUCAAACAUUCCAACAUCACUUAGUGUGCAGCUGUACAGUGAUAGCCAGGGUGGCAAUGCAAUAGCCGGAGCUGCUGGUCAAUUGUGUCCAACUGGUGCCGGAGGUGCUGGAGCAGGACCUACUGGAACUGGCGGGAGCACCAUGUCCUUCCAGAACAGUCAAGUAGUAGCUGUUCCGGUGGCUGCAGCUAAGGAUUGGCACCAUUCUGUGACACCAGAUCUUCGUAAUCAUCUUGUGCACAAAUUAGUGCAAGCUAUCUUUCCAACUCCCGAUCCAGCUGCCAUGCUAGACCGGAGGAUGCACAAUCUGGUUGCGUAUGCAAAGAAAGUUGAAGGUGAUAUGUACGAGAUGGCAAAUAGUCGAUCGGAGUACUAUCACUUGCUAGCCGAGAAGAUAUACAAGAUACAGAAGGAAUUGGAAGAGAAACGCAUGAAAAGGAAGGAGCAGCAACUGCAGCAACAACAACAGCAACAAGGUGGUCAAGGUGGACCUGGUUCACAGCAACAGCAGCAAACAGCUCAGCAACAGCAGAUAAAGCCGAAUGUCAGUGGGAAUGCCACAGCAGGAAUUGUUGGUCAAUUGGGUCAGGUGAAUGUAAUGGGUACGACAUUGCCGGGUGGAAGUGCUGCUGGUGGCGGAGGAGGAGGAGGUGUUGGUAUCCAACGACCUCCAGUUCCGACAAUGGGACAAACAAAGCCCGGUCAGGGUGUUAGAAGUCAUUCACCCGGUGGAAUGGUGGGAAUUGGUAUGGGAGGCAAUCGUUUGGCAUUCCCAGGUGGUCAACAGCCACAUUGUUUUGUUGUUGGACCAUCUGGUCCAAGUCCCAAUAGUCAGCAAAAUAUGCUGGUACCUAAUCCCAAUUUGUCACCAUUUGGAGCACAAGGUGGUAAACCGGGAAUGGCAGGUGCGUCGUCAAAUCAAUCGGCUGCCAAUCAAUUUCUCAAUGCCAAUGGUCCGAAUGCCCUACAGACGGCCCAACAGGCAAAUCAAUUCAAUGAGAUUAUGAAGGCUCGUAUGGCACAAUCGCAAUCUCAGAGCAGUAGUAAUUCCAUGGUUUCACCCCAGGCACCAUCGACUUUUGGGGGUAGCAAUGUGAGUCAGAUGCAGGGCAAUAGUGUCUUCAAUAGCAUGUCAAAUAGUGCAAGAAGUGGCAAUAUGAUCACAACAUCAGCAUCAAUGGAUGCAAUGAGUGGUGGUGGUUUGGUACCGGUACCGAGUCCAUCACCAAGUCUCACGCCAAAUGGUCCCAUUCCUGUCAGUACGCCCAAUCCACCAAGUGUUCCGUCGAUGCUACAGCCACCGCCUGAGCCAACACCACCGCCAUCCCUCUCCUCACCAUCACACAGUGUCAACUGUUCCACAGCCACCUCCCAAGUGACCACAAUGUCCAGUGGUGGACAUCAUCAGCAACAACCUGCCGCCCAGAAUCAACAGAAUCAGCAGAAUAACAUGGGCAAAGGUGGUAUCACUCAGGCUGAACGAAAUAAUCAAUCUGGGUCGAAUAAUCGUCAGCAAUCUGGCGGUGGAGGGAAUAGUUUCACAUCGCAAAUGGCAGCACUCGAAGCGGCAACACGGGAUCGCGAUGAUGAUUCUCAGUCACCGCAAAAUAGUAAUUCGUGCAAGGGAAAGUUGGAUAUAAAGCAAGAGGAUGACAUUAAGAAGGAGAUGGAGGACACAGAUAGCAAUAUGGAUGGCAGUGGGAGUGGCAAGAAUGUCAAUAAUGAGAAGAUCAAACAAGAGUGUAAGGCUGAGCCUAUGGAUCAAGAUGGGCAAGAUUGCAAGAAUAUUAAGGAGGAAAUAAAAGAGGAACCAAUGUCACCGUCCAGUGAUAUAAAGCCUGACAUUAAACCCCUCGUUCCUGAGCCACUUCCAUCAACCAGUUCGCAUGAUAAGAAGAAGAAAUGCUUGUUCAAGCCUGAAGAAUUGAAACAAGCCCUGAUGCCUACUUUGGAGAAAUUGUACCGUCAGGAUCCAGAAUCACUGCCCUUCAGGCAGCCAGUUGAUCCCAAUGCACUUGGGAUACCGGAUUACUUUGAAAUUGUGAAGAAACCAAUGGAUCUCAGUACGAUUCAACUGAAAUUGGGAUCUGGACACUAUUCAGAUCCCUGGGAGUAUGUCGAUGACGUUUGGUUGAUGUUCGACAAUGCCUGGCUCUACAAUCGAAAAACAUCGAGAGUCUACAGAUAUUGUACAAAGCUUUCUGAAGUGUUUGAACAAGAAAUUGAUCCGGUAAUGCAAGCACUUGGGUAUUGCUGUGGCCGAAAAUAUACAUUCAAUCCCCAAGUGCUAUGCUGCUAUGGCAAGCAGCUCUGUACUAUUCCACGAGAUGCUAAAUACUACAGCUACCAAAAUAGUUUGAGUACUUAUGGAUUUAAUUCUGACAGAUAUACAUUCUGCCAAAAAUGCUUCAAUGAUAUUCCCGGUGACACUGUCACACUUGGAGAUGAUCCUCUUCAGUCUCAAACACAAAUUAAAAAGGAUCAAUUUAAAGAGAUGAAAAAUGAUCAUUUGGAGUUGGAACCGUUUGUUGAUUGUUUAGAUUGUGGUAGGAAACAACAUCAAAUUUGUGUGCUAUACCUGGAAACAAUAUGGCCAGGUGGUUUUGUAUGUGAUAAUUGUCUGAAGAAGAAGAAUCAGAAGAGAAAGGAUAACAAAUUCAAUGCCAAAAGAUUACCCACCACCAAAUUGGGUAUAUACAUUGAGACACGUGUCAAUAAUUUCUUGAAAAAGAAAGAAGCUGGAGCAGGAGAAGUGCACAUUAGGGUGGUCUCGAGUUCAGAUAAAGUGGUUGAAGUUAAGCCUGGUAUGAGGAGUAGAUUUGUAGAAAGUGGUGAAUUAGCACCUGAAUUUCCCUAUAGAGCUAAAGCCCUGUUUGCCUUUGAGGAACUCGAUGGGGUUGAUGUUUGUUUCUUUGGAAUGCACGUCCAGGAAUAUGGAUCAGAGUGUACAGCUCCAAAUACAAGGAGAGUAUACAUAGCCUACCUGGAUUCUGUGCAUUUCUUCAAACCUCGACAAUAUCGUACAGCUGUUUACCAUGAAAUCCUCCUAGGAUAUAUGGAUUAUGUAAAACAAUUGGGCUAUACAAUGGCUCAUAUAUGGGCAUGUCCACCCUCUGAGGGUGAUGACUACAUCUUCCAUUGUCAUCCGCCAGAUCAGAAAAUACCCAAACCAAAGCGUCUUCAGGAGUGGUACAAGAAGAUGCUGGAUAAGGGUAUGAUUGAGAGAACAAUUCAGGAUUACAAGGAUAUCCUCAAACAAGCCAUGGAAGAUAAAUUGACAUCGGCCGCUGAAUUGCCCUAUUUCGAGGGUGACUUCUGGCCCAAUGUCCUCGAGGAGAGUAUCAAGGAAUUGGAUCAGGAAGAGGAAGAAAAGAGAAAACAGGCAGAAGCCGCCGAAGCAGCAGCUAAUGCGAUUUUAUCACUGAAUGAUGACAGUGAGGCGAGUGCCGAUGGCAAGAAGAAGGGCCAGAAGAAGGCUAAGAAGUCAAACAAAUCAAAAGCUGCCCAGCGAAAGAACAGCAAGAAAUCCAAUGAACAACAAAAUGGAAAUGAUUUAAGUGCAAAGAUAUUUGCUACUAUGGAGAAGCAUAAGGAAGUUUUCUUUGUUAUUCGACUACAUUCUGCACAAUCGGCAGCCAGUUUAGCUCCAAUACAAGAUCCCGACCCAUUGAUGAAUUGUGAUCUCAUGGAUGGUCGUGAUGCAUUCCUGACACUGGCACGAGAUAAACAUUAUGAAUUCUCAUCAUUGCGACGAGCACAGUUCAGUACAUUGUGUAUGUUGUAUGAAUUACAUAAUCAGGGACAAGACAAAUUUGUUUACACCUGCAAUAACUGCAAGAAUCAUGUUGAGACGAGAUAUCACUGUACUGUUUGUGAUGACUUUGAUCUGUGCAUUGGGUGCAAGACGAAAGUUGGUCAUCCGCACAAUAUGGAAAAAUUGGGCUUCGACCUGGACGAUGGGUCAUCACCAACAGAUCUCAAGCAGGCCAAUCCUCAGGAGGCCAGGAAGCAAAGUAUUCAGCGGUGCAUUCAUUCGCUGGUGCAUGCUUGUCAGUGUCGCGAUGCCAAUUGUCGUUUGCCAUCGUGUCAGAAGAUGAAGAGGGUGGUGACACAUACGAAAAAUUGCAAAAGGAAGACCAAUGGUGGUUGUCCAAUUUGCAAGCAACUCAUUGCACUGUGUUGCUAUCAUGCUAAGCACUGUCUGGAUGGGAAUAAGUGUCCUGUACCCUUCUGUCACAAUAUCAAGCAGAAGUUGAAGAAUCAAGCGCUUCAGCAAAGGAUUCAGCAGACUCAGUUACUUCGUCGUCGUGUGGCUGUGAUGAACACACGAGCAGCUGCUCCAACCACCUCAAGCAAUUUUCCAUCUUCCGGCAAUUCCGGCAUGACCAACACUCAAGCAUCGAGCGGGGGCAAUGGAAGUGGUGGCAUGAGUCCUACGGCAACUCCAUCGCCCGUGUCGCAAAUGGGCGGCAUGGGUAGCCCGCAUCAGGGUAUUGGGAUGAAGCCAGGGGCUCAGACACCACCAGCCAAUGUCCUCCAAGUUGUGCGACAAGUGCAAGAGGAGGCAGCGAGGCAACAAGUUCCCAAUGCUGGGGGCUUUGGCAAGGUGACACCCACUGUUCCUGGCAAUCAAAUGCCACCACCUGUGAUGCAGAGAACGAUGGCGGGGCACUUGAGUGGGCCGCCGCCGCAGCAGCAGACGACACAGGGUGGCGUUGCAAUUGGCCCAGGUGCCAGUGGGAAUCUCCUGUCAAUGGACCAGUGGGGCUCGAGGUACCCUAAUCAGGCACAGCAACAGCCUGGAUUGCGACCUCCCAACCAGAAUCAGAUGAUGCAACCAAUUAUUGGGGCGCAACAGCCGAUUAUGGGAAUGGUAGGACCUCAGAAUAAUCAGAUGAUGGCAGCUGUUCGACCCCAUGUCCAACAAUCGAUGCCUCAGAAUCAGCAACAGAAUAAUCCAGCUCACAAGCACGCUCUUCAGCAACUGAUGCAGACGUUGAAGAGCCCAACUUCCGGCCAGGAGCAGCAGAAUCAAAUUCUGCAGAUACUCAAAUCAAAUCCACCUCUAAUGGCAGCAUUUAUAAAACAGCGACAGUCACAGCAGAAUCAAAAUCAAGGUGGUGGUCAGCAACAAGGUGGUCCUUUGCCUCAUAUGUUGAACACUCAGGCGCAGCAGCAGCAGCAGCAACAGCAACAGCAACUGCAGCAGCAGCAACAGCAGCAAGUUGUGAUGCCGGGUGGACCACCGAAUCAGGGACCCGCUAGUCGCAUGCAGAACAUGCAGAAUGCAAUUCUUGGCCAACCAGGAGCCAAUCCUCAUCAAGUUCAGGUGGGAGUUGGUGGGCAAUUACAGACGCCGCAACAACAGCAACAUUGGUACAAGCAACAGCAGAUGAUGCUUCAGCGUCAGAUGCAGAUGCAAAAUUUCCCACCUGCUCCGCCCUACCAGCGACCCCGGGCGCCCCAAAUGGGUGGGUACCAGGGCGGUGGAGGUGGCUUUGGGCAGGAUCAGCAGCAGCAGCAGUAUGCCAUGCAGCAGGGCAUGAAGCAGCCCAAUCCACAGCAACCGGGUGGUGGUGUUCUGUCACAGUCACUGCAACAGGGUGGUCCUGGGGCAGGGGGUCAGGGGGUAAUGGGACCCCCAACGCCCCAACAUGCCAUGCAGCAGCAACUGAUGCAGACUGUACGAUCACCACCGCCAAUUAGGAGUCCUCAGACGACACCAUCACCACGGGCCCAACAAUCACCGCACCAUCUCUCCAGCCAUUCACCGGCGCCUCAGGGCGGUGGAGGGGUAGGUGGUGGGGUACCGGGUGACCCAGUGGGUGGGGGUGGACCGGGUGGGGAUACGUCCCCACUCAAUCCCCAGGAACGUCUCACGAAAUUCGUGGAGCAACUGUAGUAAUCAAUUGAAUUAAUCUGUGAGGACUCUUCUUGGGAGUAUUUUUUCGACUUGUGCUUUUAUUUCUUAAACUUCUACUUCAACGAUCUACGUGGUGUCGCGUAGAGAGAGAUGUGGAUGGUGGAGAAAAAAGAAGAAAAACAAAAAAAAAUGGGGAAGAUGAAAUAGAGAAAAAAAGACAUGAAUUUUUUAUUCCUUUCUCACCACUUUGGGUUUUUUUUUUGGGAUGUUUUCGAAAAUUUGAAGAGAGAAAAAAAACUGAUAAAGUGGAAUAGACGCUGAGAGAAUGAGUAAAGAACAGAGGGAAUUAUACAAAGAGAAAAAGAAUAUUGAGAUAACAGAAAAAAACAUUUAUAUUAUGUACUUAUUUUAAGUGAAUGAAAAACUUGUAAAUAGCUGUAAAGUGGUAAGUAACAAAAAAAAAAAUAGAAAAUAAUUAUAUUAAUGAAUAUAAAAAAAAAACAAGUGCAUAAUUAGGUAUUUAGGAGUAUCUCAUGAGAAACAACACACAACAACAACAAAAAAUCAUGUUAAAAUACCAAAUAAGAGUCAAAUUUUUUCUCAUUUAACACAUUUUUUAUUUUUAUUUCUAUUUUUAUUUUGUAAAUAGCGAAGGAGGUAGAGUAGAUUUUUUUCUUGUAGAAAUAUUGUGAGAGAAAAAAAAAUUACCCAUGAAAUUCAUCCUUAAAUUAAAGAGAGAAAAAUAAUAAUAAAUAUAAUUGAGUAAUUUUCUUGAAUAUCAAUGCAUGAAAUGUUGAUUUGAAAACCAUGCAAAAGAAUAUUAGAAUAUGACUCGGGGAUCUCUGGAGCCUCCAAAGUGGCGGAAUUAUAAACGCUGUAAGUUUUUGAACAAAUGGAACAUUACAAAGAUGAAAAAAAAUAUGACUAACAAGAUGAAACCAAUAACCGAAAAAAUGGAGAGAGAUGGGUGGUGGCUGUGUAAUUAAAAAAAUUAAAAAAUAUAAAAGAAAACUAAAAAAAAUGAAUUGAAACUAGAAAAAAAGUGAAAAAAUAAUUCUUAGGGUACGUAGCUGUGUAAAUGAAUGCCUGAAUGUUGAACAGAAUCCAAAUUCCAAUAAUAUUUAAGGGAAACUAUAAUAGAUGAUUUAUACCUAAAUAAUUGCGAGGGAUAGGCCUACGAGGGGGAUAGGUCUCUUCGAUAUGUAAGUAAAACAAAAAAACAAAAAAAAAAACCGUAGAAAAAAAAAAGAUUUUAACAGCGACUUAGUGAUUUCUUUUCAUUAAAAAAAUCCCAUUUAUUGCGUCACUAUCGUCAUCUAAAUAAUAAAAAAAAAUAAGAAAAAGAAAAAUAUUUGCAAAAAAUAGUCGAGUAGAAAAUAUUUAAUAAAAAAAAGCUUUGUUUACACUCGUCAAUAUCACUGAAGAAAAAAGAAAAUUGUAAAAAAAAUGUAUAAGCGAAAGAAGAGAUAGAAUCUUUUAUAUUAGCUUCCAAGAAAAAAAGCUUCUAAAAAAAAAAAAUGAAAAGAAAAGACGAAUUAAUAAAAAAAAAGAAGAAAUUACAUAGGAAAAACAAAUCGCUUGAUUUAUUUUUUAAAUCAGCCUAUUUUUUUUAAAAAUAAUUUUUAAAUAUUUUGUAAUUUAAUAUCUAGCUUGAGAAAUAGAUUUUUUUUAUUAAUUAUAUUUUUUUUGGUUUAAUAGAAAUGAGAAAAUGAAUCUAAAAAAAUGAAGAGAUUUUUUGAGGCAGAGAAAAGUUGCAGUGUUUUUUUUUACCACGCGAAAUUCCCUCUUUUCUUUAUUUAUUUUUUAUUUUUUUAAAUGAAAUAUAUUUUUCCAUGUCACAACAUCCACCAUGAAAAAAAAAGAGUAGUACUUUAUGCAUCUUUUUUACUUCAUCGUAGAAAAUAGUAAUCCCUAGAACUAAAGUUUACCCAAUAGCAAAAGAAAGCGGAAUAAGGAAUCACAAGAGAAAAAUUCCUCGGAAUUUUCCAGUAUUUUUCCUUGAUAAAUUCCACGGAAAUUUUCCAUGGUGUAUUUCCAAGGAAAUUCCUGUGGAUUUAUGGUGGAUAUUUUGUGUGGAAUAUUUCCCAGGACAUCUACGUGGAUUUAAUGUGGAUUUUUCCAGUUAAAUAAAAUCGAGAAGAAAUGAACCUGUCACGUGCAUCUCAUAUUUUCAUUUCUCAAUAUUAAAAAAAAAAUAGUCAACUUCAAAAACAUAAUUUUCCUAAAAAAUAUAUUCAAUGAAAUGAAACAACUCAUAUUUUAGGUCCGCAGUCUGUUUAAUGUUAUCACUUCACGAUUAUCUACACAAAACGCAGCGUCGCAUAGUUCAUAAUAUUAUAAGUAAGACAGAACUCACUAAGAUCUUUUGCAUAAAAUUUGAUGGCUGAAUAAUCCAUCUAUUUUUUAGCGCCACAAUGGAAGUAUUUCUUGGAUUUUCGCUAGGAAAUAAACAGAAGCUUUCCAGCAGAAAAGGGAGCGUAUUGCAGAAAAAUCCAUAGGAAAGCUUGUGGAAUUUUUCAUGGAAUUUUUCAAUGGAAUCCGCGGAAGUUUCACGUUUGGUUAUGCAUAGAUAUCUACCAUGGACAUCUAUGGAAAAUGCCGCUGGAUUUCCAUUAGAUGAUCGAAUUUCCACGGAAUGCAACAAUUUCACGGAUUUUCCUAUGAAAGAUCCCAUGGAAUGAGCGGAAUUUGUCAAUAAAUUUCCAAUGGAAUUUCCGUGUUCGUUUACUAUGGGGUAGUUGUUUUGCUCCUGUCCCCAUAGCAAAAUUUCGCGGAAAUUCCAGUGGAAAGCCAGUGAUAAGCAAAUUCGGUUUGUGGAUAAACUCCAAGGGUUUUUCAUUUGGAACUUAUUACUAAUUUUGGUUCCAUUUGGACAAAAUGAUAUGAAAACUUUAAGGUUUAUUAUCUCGAAAACUAUGAGAGAUAGAGGCCUUGAAUCUUACACCACAUUAAAGUCUCCUUUAGGUUUGAAAUAUGCGAAAUUUCACUUGAAAAUGAAGAAAAGGAGGUGAGAAAUGCAAGAAAAUAAAAUCCGCGAAAAAUUCGUGGCUCGCGAAAAUCCGCUGAAAAUUCCGAGUCUCUCGAAAAUCUGCGUAAAAUUCCGCGGCCAGCGAAAAUCCGCAAAAAAUUCCCUGAUCUGCAAAAAAAUUACUCAAAUUCCGCGGCCCUCAAAAAUUCACGGAAAAUUCCGAGUCACGAAAAUCUGCGAAAAAUUCCGUAGCCAGCGAAAAUCCGCAAAAAAUUCUGUGAUCUGCGAAAAAAUCACUCAAAUUCCGCAGCCUUCGAAAAUUCACGGAAAAUUCCGAGUCUCUCGAAAAUUCGCGAAAAACUCCGCGUCCGCGAAAAUCCGCAAGAAAUUCCGUGAUCUGUGAAAAAAAUCACAGAAAUUUCGCGGCCCUCGAAAAUUCACGGAAAAUUCCGAGUCUCUUGAAAAUCUGCGAAAAAUUCCGCGACCAGCAAAAAUCGGCAAAAAAAUUCCGUGAUCUGCGAGAAAAUCACGGAAAUUCCGCGGCCCUCGAAAAUUCACGGAAAAUUCCGAGUCUCGAAAAUCUGCGAAAAAUUCUGCGGCCAGCGAAAAUCCGGAAAAAAUUCCGUGAUCUGCGAAAAAAAUCACGGAAAUUCCGCGGCCCUUGAAAAUUCACAGAAAAUUCCGCGUCCCUCGGAAAUUCGCGAAAAAUUCCACUUCUUCCAAUUCUGUGUCCUUCGAAAAUCCGUGAAAAAUCCACGGCCCGCGAUAAUCUGCGAAAAAUUCCGUAAUUUGCAAAAAAAUCACGAAAAAUUCCGCGGCCCCUUAAAAAUCCACGGAAAAUUCCGCGGCCCUCAAAAAUCCAUGGAAAAUUCCGUGAUUCGCGAAAAUCUGCGAAAAAAAUCAAUGAUCUGUGAAAAUCCGCGGAUAAUUCCGCGAUCUGCGAAAACCCGUGAAAAAUUCCGUGGUUUGCGAAAAUCAUUCCUGUGUCAAAUUCCGCGGAACUCCACGGAACAUUUAUAUGGAAAAUAACACGUGAAUCUGUCGCGGGAUUACCUGGAAAAGUUCCAUGGAAAAUUCUACUAUCUUUCUACUUUGUUUUCCAUGUAUUUUUCCACUAUUUUCCCCGAAAGUUUUUGCAAAUAAAUGUGUUGUGACAACAAGCAUAAUUUAUUUUCACACUUUCUGGAAAGAUUUUUAGUGAUUUUUCUGUGACAAUUGUAAUAAAAUUAAUUAUGCGAUACUGCGUUUCAUGCAUUACAUAGAUUGUCAACCUAAAAUAUGACUGUUUUUAUGUCAUUUAGGGAAAGGUGGGACUACUUUGAGCGACGGGGCUACGUUGUUAUACGAUUUUUUUCGAAUAUUUCUAAUGGAAAAUGGAUUUUAACAUGAUGUAAUUUGGAUAGACAAAAAAAUUGUGGAUCUAAAUAAAAUAAUUGUAAGAACCGGCUUCAUUUAGAGAUAGGCGUAAAAGUCGUAUAACAAUCUAGCCCCACUGAUCAAAGUAGCCCAACCUCCCCGUUUUGUGUAUUUUAAGAAAAAUUAUGUUUUUUGACAAUAGAAUACUCGCCGUAUUUCGUUAAUUUACGCAUUUUCAUUGCAAUUUUUACGCAAAUUUUCCAUUACCAUAUUACCUUAUCUCAUACUCGGUGGCACUAGGUGAAAAUAAUAUAAGAAAAUUGAUGAAAUAAAACAAAAAUUCAAUAAACGGGUGAGCAAACAAAAAACUAUAAGAGAAAUUAAUCGUACAGCUUUUUUUGCUCAUCGUUUAUCGCAUUUUCGUUUUAUUUCUUCAAUUUUCUUAUACUAUUUUCACCUAGUGCCACCGAGUAUGAGAUAAGGUAAUACGGUAAUCGAUAAUUUGCGUCAGAAUUGCAAUGAAAAUGCGUCAAUGUGAUUCUGCCCUAAAGUGUUAAUUCGUAUCGCUGGAUUAGUAAAACAUAUUAAAAUCCUCGUGAUCUUUGCUAUUUCUUUAAUAUUCGGAAGUAAAAGCAUGAGGUGCAUAUGACAACUUCAUUUUUUCUCCACUUUAUUUAGAUGGAAAAAUCCACACUAAAUCCACGAACAUUUCCAUGGAAGUAUUCCACAGUAAAAAUCCUCUAUAAAUCCAUGGGAAUUUCCUUGGAAUAUUUUAUGGAAAAUUUCCGUGGAAUUUAUCAAGGAAAUAUACUGGAAAAUUCCGAGGAAUUUUUCUCUUGUGAUUCCUAUUCCGCUUUCUUUUUUCUAUGAGAGUGACAUUUACUACUUUGACAGAUCUGUCAAAUAAAUGUCACAUGGUGCAAAUGUCAGAGUUGAAGAGAGAGAAAAAAAAGCGCGGGAGAAGUUUGAAAAGAGAAAAAAAGUGAAAGUGAAAACACGAUUUUAUCUACAUCUUUUUUUUUUUAAAGAAAUUUCCCAAGAGAAAAAAAAUAAACAAAGUUCUUUUUUGUGUGAUAGUGUAAAUAAAAAAAAAUAAUAGCGAAAAAGAUGAAGAACACUAAAAUCUCUUCUAUCGCAAUUUCUUAGCAAAAAUCAAGAGAUAAUUUGUUUUUUGCUAAAAACAACUAAUAAAAUUCUAACACCAACUUAGAGAGUGAAUAAAUUAAUAAAAUAAAAUGCAAACCGUGUAAUAUACGAAAAUGAAAACAAUUUUAACUAAAAAGAAAUUUUAAUAAAUUAUUAAGCAUUGCAUUCUAGUGUAGAUGAAAAUAUAAAUGAAUGAUAAAAAAAACUAAUAUUGAUUUAAUGAAAAAAAUGAUAAGUGAAAUUGAUAUGACAAACGAAUCGUGGGUUUUUAUAUUAAAAAAAAGAAAUAAUAAGGAAAAUAUGGAGAAAAUGAAUGUGAAAAUAAAAAGAUAAAUAAAAGUGAAGAUAAAGUGUAAAAUGAACCUUAUUCGUAAAAAGAAAAGAUUUAGUGUAACUUGAACUUAUGUAUACAUAUAAAAAAAAAACAAGUAAUUGUAGGUGUAAAAAGAUUUAAGAAAUUUUUAAGAGACAAAAAAAUAUUCAAUUUUAAUAGAGCAAAAGAGACGAGUAACAAGAAUGGAAGAAAAAAAAAUUAUAUACAAGUAGAAUAGUCGAUGACGUGAAUGGAGAAUGAAAUGCACUUUGAUAGAAGAAAAAUUAAAAAAAAAGAAAAGAUGAAUGAACAAUGACGAAAAAAAAUAGAGUGAAUGUCUCCGGAGGUGAAAAAAAGAAGAAACACACUGAAAUGAGUAUUAUUUGAUAUUUUUAUCCUAUACCUUAAUAUACGAUACGAUAUACAUAUAUAAAUAUAUAUAUCAAAAAUGAAGAUGGAUCUAAGAUUAUCUUAGUUUUUUUCUAUUAAUAACUAUUAAAUUGAAAAUAAUGAGAGAAAAAAAAAGAAAUUAAAAAAAAAUAGUGAAAGUAACGAAGAUUCAAGUGAAUAAAAACCGCUACGCAGAGAAUGUAAGGUAAAAAGGAAAAAUACACACAACACUAGAAAAGAGAACCGAUAAAAAAAUGGCGAGAAAAAGAAUUAAAAAAGGAAAUCAUAGGAUUAUUUUCAUAAUUAAUUAUGAGAAGGAAAAAAUGAAAUACAUAUGUAAUAAAAAAUAACAAUAUUUUUAUUUUAUUAUUUUUUAGAGUAUAAAUAAAACACUGUUGUGUUUCAA